GGCGGGACGUGACGUCACUAGGCUCGCCCCUUCGCGGUGCCUGUCGGCGGGGCCGCGCGACCAGCAGGAAACAACGGACACAUCACCGCGUCAGAGGAACGCAGAUCCUUCCGCCUCCGCCGUAAAGACUCACGGAGGAACAUACUCAGGCCCUACACAGAGGGUAACCCAGGGCAACAGCAGCGAUGUCGGGCUCCUACACUGACUCCAUGACGGACGUCUCAAGUGACAGCUUCUGGGAGGUGGGGAACUACAAGCGCACGGUGAAGCGCGUGGACGACGGUAACCGUCUGUGCAACGACAUGAUGACUUGCCUGCACGAGCGCGCCCGCAUCGAGAAGGGCUACGCCCAGCAGCUCACCGAGUGGUCCAAGCGCUGGAGACAGCUCAUAGAUAAGGGGCCCCAGUACGGGACCCUGGAGCGGGCCUGGGGCGCGCUGUGCACGGAGGCGGAGAAGGUGAGCGACCUGCACAUGGAGGUGAAGGCGGCGCUGAUGGGCGAAGACUUUGAGAAGCUGAAGAACUGGCAGCGCGACGCCUACCACAAGCAGAUGAUCGGAGGCUACAAGGAGACCAAGGAGGCGGAGGACGGCUUCCGCAAGGCCCAGAAGCCCUGGGCCAAGAAGCUCAAGGAGGUGGAGACGAUGAAGAAGGCGCACCACGCGGCCUGUAAGGAGGAGAAGCUGGCCACCAGCCGGGAGAACACGGGCAAGAUGGAGAACAACCCCGAAACCCAGAAGAAGCUUCAGGACAAGGUGGAGAAGACUCAGCAAGAGACAGAGAAGACUCAGGAGCGCUACGAGAAGUCCCUUGACGAGCUGGACAAGCUGACGCCGCAGUACAUGGAGAACAUGGAGCAGGUGUUCGAGCAGUGGCAGCAGUUUGAGGAGAAACGCAUCUCCUUCUUCAAAGAGCUGCUGCUGGAGGUCAAACAGCACCUCGACCUCUCCUCCAAUCACAGGUUCCAGACGACCUACCACAACCUCCAGGACACGCUGACUGCCGCCGACGCAGAGGAGGACCUCAAGUGGUUCCGCUCCAACCACGGCCCCGGCAUGCCCAUGAACUGGCCCCAGUUUGAGGCCUGGUCGGUGGACCUGAACCGGACACUGAGCCGCAGGGAGACCAAGAAGAAGCCGACGGACGGCGUGACGCUGACCGGGAUCAACCAGACGGGCUCGGACCAGUCGGUGGCGCCGGUCAAGACCAGUGGCAGUCUGAGCGCGCCCGUUAAGACGGCGCCGGCGGGGUCGAACCCCUUUGAGGAUGAGGAUGAGGGGCUAGAGGAGGAGCAGGAGGAGGAGGAGAUGGAGGAGGAGGAGGAGAAGGAGGUGAAGGAGACGAAGAGCGAGGAGAAUCGCAUCACGGUGGAGAAAGAGGAUGUGAAAACUGCCAGCAGCACGGAGAAGUCCCCCGAUUGGUCGGACGAGGACAGCGGCGCCAACCCCUUCUCCGCCAACGGGGAGGGGAAUCCCUUCGAGGCGGAGACGCCGGCGUCCCCUGAGAUCUCGGUGCCGGUGCGGGCGCUGUACGACUACGAGGGACAGGAGCAGGACGAGCUGAGCUUCAAAGCAGGGGACCAGCUGACUAAGAUCGGCGGUGAGGACGACCAGGGCUGGUGCAGGGGACGGCUGGAGGACGGGCAGGUGGGGCUGUAUCCCGCCAACUACGUGGAGGACCUCCCCUAGACCCCCACCACCACCACCUCCUCACCCCCGCCCGAGGGCGGAGGAGGCGGGGUAGAGAGAAUUGAGCAGAAGAGAUGGAGGAGGAGGUGCUGAAAAGGACCCCCCCCUAUGAUUAUUUUUUUUGGACCCUACUACCCCUGCAGGGCGGGGUGGGGGAGAAAGGGGGAGUAGAGGAUGGGAGGUGGACUGAUAAGGGAGGUCUGCAAACACAGAAAAAAUAUAUAUAUGGACGAGUUCAGAUGCUGUUUCCUUCUUACAACCGCUGUACAAAAGCAGAGAAAGAAAAAGUUCACAACCCACACUGCAAGGCACCUCAGGAGGUCAAAGGUCACGAGGAGGCUCCCAGCGGGCCCCGGAGGUCAUCGUUUGCUGUUACAGAAGCGUCGCUGAGUCCCGUUCUCCCCGCGACUCCCAGUAGAAUACAGUGCGAGUUUAUAUAUUGCUUAAAAGAAGAAACACUGGGACUGCAGUCGUUAGAAUCCUCUCGUCAGGAGCUUUGGUUUUAUCCACUAUUAUCUGUUUUUAUUCAAUCUCAAAAAACGAUACCAUCACAUUUUCCCAGUGCGUUUUUUGUUGAACUUUCUCCUUCAUACAAGAAGCAUUUAGAGUUUCCUCUGAAGAUGAUGAUGAUGAUGGUUAGACAUCUUCAUCACAACAGGGGGCCCUUAGACGAUGAAUUAGUGAGAGCGGAAGAGUCUUCCUUAACUACAACCAAUCGUAUCGCCUCCCCGCCACCACUGGCCAAUCACCACUGAAUGUACGCUCACUGAUUCCCGUCAUUGGCGCCUCUUGAUUGUACACUUUUUAUUUAAUCCUCAUUGUGUUCUGAAGUUGUGUUUCAGCCGUCUUCUGUUACACUUCUAGUAAAACUAGGUUAAAUUCCCCCCAGGCCGAAACCUGCUGGAGUGUUUGGCUCCAAUCCGAUGUUUAUCCGUUUGUUCAAUCCCCCUAAACCCGUCCUCACCUCUCCUCUCACGACCUCGUCGUUCUUCUUCUCACUUGAAUCCCCUCAUGUUUGUUGUUGCACUGGACGUCAGAAGGCCAAUACACGAGGAAUCUUCUAGAAACUGCAUUAUUGUUAUUAUUAUUUUAGAAAUGUUACAAUUCGAGUCUUGUAAGGUUUAGCACGAGCCUGGGGAGCAGAGGCUGCCGGCUCGACUGUAAAUAGCGUAGAUUUCUAUGAUCAAAACAAGCAAGAUCAGGUCACAUUGGUUCAGAGAUUGAAGACUUAAUUUAAGAUAUGCCGAAAGUGCUUUUGUUUCGACUCCACUGUUGGAAUGCUGUGAUCAGAAAAUCAAUUUGUAAAAUCAAUGUUUUAUUACAAAUGCCUCCAUGAAUUUAUUUUUAUAAAUGUUAUUUUUUUCAUAUAUUUCGCGGAUGGUUACAAUUCUGAUUUAAUCGAUUGCCUGAUACUGUCCGACUAUAUGGACAGAUAUUUAAAAUUUCCUUAAUGUUCUCUGAUAUAAAAUGACGGGUGUAUAGGUUGAUCAGUUGGAACGGCCUAAAGUCUCUGAUCAACAUGAUUGGUUCGUUGUACUGAUUCUUCAAAUAUGUUGGUUUCAGAACUGUUGAAAUUGAUUGCAAACCAAUAUUUAGAAACAUGAUCUUCAUUUGAGGCGUCUCACUGCGGUAGGAAAUGCAGUCGUUUGUUUUUAGAUACUGAGACGAAGAGGAGGUGUUCAGCUGUCUACAGAGCACAGCUACGCUUUACUUGCACAACUUCAGUUUGUCAAUGUUGUACCACAACAUAUAAAUAAAUGUAACGAGUAUG